CAGCAAAGUAAACAAUGUCGUUUAUGUCUUUAAUGGCUUCUACUGCUCAUGAAUUGUGGUAUAGUCCUUUUGAAAUGUCCAUGAAAGAACUAGAAAAAGAUGAAUUGGAGCUUGAAAACCAGGAACUUUCAAUUAAGCAACAUGGCUUUCAAUGGAUACGGCCUAUAGGGAUUAAUAAAACAAUGCAGGAACAAGCAGAACUCGGAGAGCGAGAGGCUGAAACAGGCAACAUGGACACAGAGAUUGACGAGGAAGAGCUGAGGAGCGAUGACUUUCCUCAGCCAAAUGAGCAAGAAACGCAAGAUGUGGAUUUAGAUGCAGACAUCACAAAUGGGGAUGCCUCUGAAUUUUACGAAGAUAUGAGUGAAUUUGAUUUCCAAGGAUAGAAUCACUCAGAAUCCUUUCUUGGUGUCUAUAUGAUGCUUCCUAAAAUGUUCAUGAAGAACAAUGUCUAUGAACGAUACGGCUACGAACAAAUAUGCUUGACAAUGGUUUGGUAUGCUUCGACAAAUGAGCCCUUUCGUACGCUUCAAGGUUGCAACUGCGGAGACAAAGGUCCUAUAUUUAAGCUUCAUUUCCUUUUUUCUUUUUCUUUUUUUAUCCUUUUAUUUGCAAAUCUUGAAUGGUUUGGAUUUACCGAAAUGCAGCGCAAUCUACCGCGAAACUCCAUUCUUAAAGGCACGAUGUUUUGGGCAUACAUCAUCUCGAUUUUGCUUUGCAUCUUGUAAAAUUCCAAGUUGACGGG